GCCGAUUCGUUGGUCUGCCUCGUUUCUGAGGUCCCACCGUUCUUCACGUCAAAAGAAUUAUUUGUCAUUGCGCGGGCAAACCGACACUGUGUUCAGCCGUCUCUCCCCCCUCCCAUCCCUCUAUCGUUAUGGCGAAUCUUCACGACGACGCCUUCCGCGGCAAGCUGACCCUUGAUCGCCUGAAAACGUAUCUUGCCUCCAGUCCCUCUGCGAUAAACUCGGUCGGAGGCAAGAAUUCCUUGACUCCUCUCGCUGCUGCAUGUUGGAAUGGUCACCUGGAUGUCGUCAACCUUCUUCUCGACAAUCCAAUCCACCUCGCUGACCCGGAUGUCCCUUCCCGUUACGGACGCACUCCCCUCCACAUCGUCACCACACACGCCCGUAUUCGCCGCAUGGAGAUCGUGCGCGCACUCAUCGACGCAGGUGCUGAUGUCGAUGCCCGCGACGAGGAUGAUUUUACUCCACUCAUGUACGCGGUCGCAGAGGUGCGGGAUAAGGAUGUCGUGCGCGAGCUCGUGGAUCGUGGCGCAUCGCUGUCGCAGCAAAACAAGCACAAUCAGACCGCGAGGACCCUCGCCAGAGAGGCUGGGUUGGAGGACGAGCUGCGCACGAGGGAGGAGAGGAGCUCGAGUCGAGCGGAGAUCAUCAACCUUCUCGUAGCCCUGGUCGUAUUCAUUUUGGCAUAUGUCAAUAGCGGGCUCGUAGAAGACGUCAUCAAGGGCACCGUGCAGCAACUGUAUGGUAUCACUGGCACGAAAGGCACCAAGGGUCAGGAUCAGGAAAUCAAGCCUGCGUUUGACGAAACGCUAAAGGAUAUCAACGACAUCAGAGAGGAGCGGAAGAAGAUGAAGGAUCUGGAGGUGAACGGCGGGUCUCGCGGUGAUCAAAAGCUUGUAGAUGGCAAGGAUAUCGACGAGAAAAACUCUCUUAUCACACCUAUCAGCCCGGAUUCUCCAGCUUCUGUUGCAUCUAUUAUUCCGGAUGUAUCCAAGCCGGAACCUGUCACUGUCGAGGAAUUCUCCUCCGCCGUGAAUCAAUACGCCCACGAGACUAACCUCGAGAAGUUCUUCGCACCUGGAGACCCUUUCCUCGAGGAGCUCGCUAAAAGUGCUGCUGCACUCCGUAACGACCCCACGACGCUCCUUGGGUCCCCAAAGAACAUCAAACGUCUCAUCGCCCUCUCGCUUUACCAACCGGUCAUCUAUUGUGACGAUAGUGGCUCUAUGCACAAGGGCAACCGCUGGUCCGACCAGAGGGAACUCGUCAACCGCGUAGCUCGCAUUUCCACCAAGAUUGUCCCGGAUAACCUUGGUGUUGAGCUUCGCUUCAUCAACUCGAAGGCCUCCAGUAAUCUCACUGCCGCGGACGUAGAUGCCGCUGUUACUGCGGUGAGGCCUUCGGGUGGGACGGCCAUAGGCACAGUCCUCCGCCGUACGAUCUUGGAGCCGCUCGUUUACGAAGUGAUCUCCGACCCUAAUCGAAAGCUCAGCCGUCCGCUUCUCAUAUGCACCAUCACUGAUGGUUGUCCCUCCGGCGAGCCUCAGACCAUGCUGAAAGACGUAAUUGUCGAAUGCAAGCGCAGAUUGGUGGAUGCUGGAUAUGAGCCGCAUUCGGUGAUGUUCAGCAUCAGCCAAUUGGGAGAUGACAAGAAGGCGACCAACUUCCUCAACGACCUGAGGCAUGAGCACGAGAUCAGAGAUGUGCUCUACUGCACCACUGACCGACUUGACAGCAAGUUCCAAGAGCUUGCGUCGAAUGAGAAGAGGUUGGAGGAAUGGCUCUUGAAGCUGUUGACGAAGCCGAUUAUGGACGCAGGGGCGGAGUGAGGGUCUUCUGUUCUCCAUCUAUGGCCUUUCUGAUCACCGUGUCAUUUCAUAUUUUGUUCUAGCACUUGUUACAGUACAUUGCGACUUCAUUGGCGAGAUGUAACCGUAGUAAUUCGCACGUUUCUGACUUGUUCGCUUGCGGUCAUCUCGUC